AUGGCGGACGCCGGCGAAGAUACUACUCACGUUCAGGAGCCCCUCGACCUCGUCAAGCUCCUGCUCGAUGAGGUGGUUUUUGUCAAGCUCAGAGGCGACCGGGAACUCAAGGGCAGACUUCACGCAUACGACAGCCAUUGCAACCUGGUCCUAGGAGAGGUGGAGGAGACAAUCUACGUGGUGGAUGAGGAUGAGGAGGACGACGAAGUGAAGGUGAGAGAAGCUAGCCGCGUCCAACUCAUCACAACAACCUAA